AUGAUUAACAUUGAUGCUAUUACUAAGCAAAUAUCAUCAUUUACUAUUGUUCAACGAAUUAUUUUUAUUUUUUCAAUUGUUAUUGUCUUCUGGAUUUUAUUUAUAAUAAUUUAUCUAAUAAAUCGUCUUAUUAUUCGACUUAUAAGAAAUUUAGAAUAUUUUCAUCAUAAUUCAUCAACAAUAUCAAAUGAUAAAGUUUGUCAAACAUUUGUUAUAUCAUCAAAUCAAUAUGGAUCUAUACGACCAAUACAAUCAUUCAAUCGUUCAGAUAGUUUAUUUUCAAAUACAAAUGAAAAAAUUAAUUUAACUAUUAAUCAUUACUCAAAUAUAAUUGAUAGUUCUUCACAAUAUCAACAAUCAAAAUCCUAUCUAUUAAAACAUUAUUUAAAUACUUAUAAUCCAUUACAUAUUGAUUUAAUCGAUACUAAUAAAAAACCUAAUAUAACAACAAAUGUCAAUGAUAUAUUCUAUGAAGAAAUAUCAAGUCUAACAAAUACACAACCAACAGAUAAUUGUUAUCCAAUCAAUUGUACAAAUAAACAAAAGAUACAUCAAAAUAAACGAUAUGUUCGCCUCAAAGAACAAGAAAAUUGUUCAGUUAUAAUAAGUAAUAUCGAUGAACAACCAUCACAAUGUAGUACAAAAUUAACAAAUAUUAUAUUACCAGUUGUAAUGAUUACGGAUUGUUCUAAUAGUCAACGAUUACACACAGACAUUAUUGAAAUGAAUGAAAAUGAAUAA